AAACGAGAGGGGGCGGGGGUGUGUGGACCUCACCGCUGACGGGACCCAGUACAGGCACCCCGAUUGUGCCCUGCUCUCAUCAUUUCUGGAGGUGAGGACAAAAGGGGGAAAUCGGAAGAAAGGCCCGGGAUCCGACUGUCGUGACGGCUCCCCCCCCAACCACCGAAAUUGGUCGCCGAUGGUCAGGCUUUCCUGGAGCCGUAAAGACUGAGGGGGGGCGGGCGGGGGGGGAAGCGGCGCAGCAUUCGACUCCAGACUGGGGUUUCCUGCCACAACAGCGGGAUUGUCAAAAGGAAGGAGCCGUCCACACUGAGCAGGGCCUUGUAUUGCUGCGAUUUCAGGUGUGUGUGUGUUUAAGACGCUGGUCAGCAGCUGCUGCAAAAUGAAUUUAUCUGCAUGGAGUUACUGAGGAAAAGAUGAGAACUGGAGUUUGAAAGGACCGAACUUGAAGUGGAAUAAAUGGAUUACCUUUCUUUUGGGAAAUAGUUGCCAUGGAACUGGGUAGAAUGAAAUGAUGGUUGACAUGCAAUAGCAAAGGUAAGACAGCUAAAUCCUGAAGAGCUAGGAGAGCAUCAAGAGGAAUAUAUGCCCAGACACAAUGAAAUAAGAAGGACCAAAGAUUAUCACCCUGAAGAACGCAUGCAGUGACAAAAAGAAAACAAACAAAAAUAAUACAAAAUGAGAAUGACCAAGAAAGACAAGAGCAUAAGUGUCAGUGCAUCCAAGAGUGGAUGAGAAUAUCUAUGGAGUUCUGGAAAGUGUUUUGUAAAAGUCUGUUUUCAGACCUUUCUGACUCAAAUCACCAUCUCACACGUGUGGUUCAUGCCCUGGCAAGAUUACACUUAUUAACAGAGGAAAGAUUUUCUUGUCAGAAUUCUGUCUCAAUGGAACAUUGACGUUUUUUGCGCAAUUGUAUCUUUCCAUAAUCUUUAUCGUAAAACAGCUAUGUUUACUGGAGCUGUUGUGGUACAGCAUCUGCAAGUGAGACAUUUAAAGUUGCCUUACAUAGUGGUGUUAGUCAUCCAUGAUAUCAUAUUCUUGAUGCCAAACUGCUUCAGCUGCAGAAGAAUGACUACAAAUUUUAAACCCGCUGUAGUGUGAGCCUUUUUAUGUGAAAACAACCAUAGACCAUUGCGACGUUGAAGUGAGAAAAUUUUUACUCUUUGAUACAACAAUCAUCUGUUGGUUAAUUAUAGCAUUCAUAUAUAUUCCCAAUGCUUCAGUGUUCUAGUGGAUUUAACAAAUAAUUUUAACAAAAAGUUCUGCGCUCUUCUGCAUCCAUGGUCCCUGCUAUCAUCCCCUCAUUUAUACAUCAGUGGUAUUUCCCACUGACAUUAAUCAGUGUUGUCUUUCUUUAAUUCAAAAAGAAAAACAUGCAGAAUUUUUCUAAAAGCCCCACCCCCCACUCUCUCCCCCCUGGCUUUAGCAUGAGGGGUGGAAGCGGACCUCCAUAUCUCCCUCAACCAGCAGACCCCCAGGUCUCCCCAAGGAUGACAGAAGAUUAUGCAGCGAUGCAACAGCAGAGCCUACACCGAGGCCAUCCCCACUCCAAUCAAGCCAGCCCCAUGCUUGCUUACAAUGCUCGAAACAGAGGCAUCGUAGAGCCACCGCCCACGCAGGGUAACCUUCACAGCAGCAGUAACAAUCCUUACAGGAAGGACACAAUGGAUUAUUAUUUUUCUUUGUGCGGGAAGGACAAAAACAGAAGAGGAGGUCUCGUCUAUGGGACAGGAUUUGCUUACCCCAAUAUUGAUGGACAUAUACCUCCCCAGUACAGACAUUCUAGCUCUGCAUCUGUAUUAUCAUCUGGCAUCAUGUCACAAUAUUCAGUCGACUAUGGGCCCAGCACUGGUUCAGGUGGAGGAUCUGGAGCAUUCUCUCCCCAUCAAUACAAUAUGGGUCACAAUGCUGCAAUGCAGGCCAUGCCAGCUUCUCAGAGCCGCCAACAUGGACAAACAUUUUCUCCAGUCCAGCAUGGACAGCAACAUCGGAGUUAUCCAACUUCUGGUCACAGAAUGACACCUCAAUACCCACAAUACUCUCCACAGGCUGGAGCAUCCACGGGGUCAUCGGGAAUGUACAGCCCCCCUCCGCAGAGAUACAUUGAUGGGACUACUAACACCGGUUUUGAUCCCAAAGUCAACAGUUCGCACAGUGUCAACUCAACUGCAAACUCUGCUUCUGCUUCAGCUGCUGCUAACAAUAUGGGCCCAGUGGAGAGUGUUCAGCAGCGUUACCAUGCAUCAAACUAUGCUGGAUAUAUUCCACAGACGCAAACACUUCAGAAGGAAGGCACACUACAGCACUGCAACACACAGCACAAUUUAAGUGUGGGUUAUGACAACCCUCUUAAGAUACAUCACCAAGGCCCAACUCCAGGCUCUGUUUAUGGUAAACAUCACCAGGCCUCCACCUCCAGUAUACCUCAUGUAACAUCUCGAGAAAUAGCCAAAUCCCCAAUGCAUCCUCAACAAAGUCAGAUGAACCAAAACCUCAGCCCGAUUUCCAAUCCGUCCCCAGCUGCUUCUGCAGUACAUUCCCCCAGCUGUAGCUCCACUCCUUCCCCUUUGAUGGGUGUUUCAGAAACAUACGUGAACCCCUCUGGUCCUUCCCACCCUCCAUCUACUGUGCAUAGCAGCAGCCACAGUCAUAGAUUAAUACAGGCUGUGUCACAGUUAAGUCCGACACCCAACUCAAACAGUAGCAUCAGUAGUUGUGGUAGCACUGGCAGUCACAAAGGUCAUAAUGUCAGUACUAUUGGAGUAAACAGUGUGCCACCAACAAGCUGCAACAAAACUGGUCUAGGUUCUGGAUUUGUACCCCGAGAGGAAGGUCCCUCUGUCUAUUCUGCUCCUGCAGUUGGGAAAAUGCUGGAUGCAGGACUAAAUAGUCUUAAUGCCUUGAGCUCCCAGGUAGCUAACUUACCGAACACUAUUCAACACAUGCUACGCACUGACAAUGUGCUCUCACAGAAGAAGAGCAAAGAUGGUGGACAAAUGCAACAAGCAACACACGGUGUUCCGCCAUUGCAACCGAGGAGUAGAAAUGCAAGUGCAGCCUCAAGCACUGGCACAGUUAAAGAUGGUACUGUUGUCGGAGUUGCUGAAGGUGCUGGUUUAGAAACUGUUGCAGAUGAAGACUCCUCCUUUCUUUCAUCUGAGACCAAGAUGGAGCAAGAGGAUCAUUUAAUAGAUGGGGGACAUACAAGAGUGAGGCAGAUGAGUGGUGCAAGCAGUGGAUCUGAACCAAUUUUUUAUCACGCUCCUCAGAGUCAACCCCAGCCACAACCUGGACAAGUAUUACAUGCCAAAACAUUCACUUACAAGUCACCACCCAAAGAAAUAGUGUCAAAAGCAAAUGUUCACAUUGCUUCAACAUUAAAAUCUCCAUCAUCUGAGUGUCGGUCAUCAGAGGCUGACCCAAAUUCACAUUCAAAACCUCCAGUUUCCUCAUCCACCCACUGUAUUGUUCCCCAGCCAAACCGUGUCUCACAUCCUAGUUUUUUCAAUAAUAACUCAAAAGGUGGCCAUAAAAAGAGUGCCGAAAUAAAAAAUGAGCAGAUCAAAACUGAACUUGAAGAUGGGGUUGAAAAAAUGGAGAAAGGCAAUAGCCAAAUGCUACAAGAUGGAGAAAUCAGCACAAAGCAUGGCCAGGAUAAAGAAAAUAUGUUGCACACUGCUUCUACAGCACAUGAUGAGAGUGAACAAAAACCCACAACUGAGGAACAGCUAAGUGUUGGUGUGAUUGUUUCAGCUCGUUCUGAGGGAAGUCAGGUUGAAAAAAGCAAGCAACCGCAAGACCUCUGUUUGAAAGAGAAACAGUCACAAUCCUAUUUGAAAGAAUCGAUGAGUCAUAAUGGGGAGGAAGGUAUUGACCUGAGUCGAUAUCCAUCCCAGCACCCAAAAUCAAAUCUUGAACAGGCCCACAAUUUGAACCAGUUUGGAUCACAUAAGUAUGGUUUUAUAGAAUCAACAUAUGGCUCAGAUUUGUCUUUGAUGAAAAAAGGAAGGACUGGCCCAGCAGGUGGACUGGAAUCAAGUUCCAGAAACUAUCAGCAAUCUCACUCCGGUUAUGGUCCAACGCAUUCAAAAGAAUUGAGUUCUCUAGCAGAGGCAUUCGGGAAGCGAGGGCAAGCAAUAGGAACAAAAGGCCAAGAGGACAUUUCUCAAAUCCAACAAUUCCCUAGCCUUUUACAAGAAGUUCUUCAAGGCUAUAAUUUAGAUAGACGUUAUGGAAGACCAGAACAGGCCUUUCCUGCACAUCUCCAAGUUCAACAACAAUUUCAAACGAGAUACCCAUAUGGUAUGACAGAAAAUAUGAGGAUGGUAGAAGGUGGAGCCAGUGAUACUUUGGCCCAAAUGGGAACCAUUGGAAAGCCACAACAUCAGAAUCACCGACUUGGAAGUAAAACCAAUUUUGGCACAGGACCUCAAUCUUCAAUGAAGCCAGAGGUUUUCAAUAGCAAGAUAUUGCAAAAUACUGCAAAAAAAGAAGUGGAUUUCUCUGAAGAUCAUUUACCACGCGCCUCAAAUACACAGCCACUCCAACCAAAACAUAUCAACUUAGCUGACUAUUCUCUUCCACAAAGAAAAACGUUGAAUGUGUCCACUUCAUCGUCUGCUGUACAGGAGCUCCUUUUGCAAGAGCUAGAGCCACUGAAAGGGUGUACUGGUCAAGCAGAAUCUCAGAAAUCAGAACGUCGCUCUGUCAUCUGUGAUGUGUCGCCAAAUAGACGUAGCACACCAGAGAGGGACAGGGAGAGUAACAGAGAGCGAGAGAAAAAUCAGAGUGUAGCCUCUGUGAUUCAGCAACCAUUUUCCUCCCCAGCAUCAGCCAAUGAUUUGAAUAAAAAGGACAUUUUAGAGAAAAAAGUGGUAAAAAUUGAAACAGCAUCCAAAGAGAUUGGUCCAAAUCCUGACUUCCAUGGCAGUGGUGGAACGAAUGAGACCGAUAUGGAAUAUUCUUCAAAAUCUGCUCGUUCAUCCAUUGUGCUAAAUUCUGAUCACUAUAGGCACUUGCCGCCCAAUUCUUUAUCAUCACCGUCAAGACAUCAGUCAUAUCUUUAUGGUGUGGAUAUAGUAACAAGCAAUGCCAACAGUUUUCCUGGUUAUCGGUUUGGAGAGACAAGAGAAAGCAAUAUGCCACGUGGACACCCUCAUUUUCCUUCCCAUCAUCCAUACCACAAUUUAUCACCCCAGGCUCAAACUACAAAUAAGCUUCAAAUGUAUCCUCACCCUCGUGGUCCUUUCCAGCAUUCACAUGAAAUAAAUGAUUGGGUGAAAGCAAUGAACAGGCCUGCUAAGGAUAAGAUGAUGAUACCAGUUUCUUCCCCAGGAAGACAUAAAGUCAGCCAAUCAGAGCACAGACAGAGAAUGAUCCCUCAAACAGACAUGCACAGUGAUCAACAUGGAUCCAAAACACUACUCCAUCAACAAGGUUUAUACUAUGACAUGAAAAUGUGGGAGACAACACCCCCGGGUAGAGAUGGUGUUAGAAUCUUUGAAGGUGAUUCUUGCUAUAGGACACAGGGACUUCCUCCACCAUCAGCCGUUACUGCAGGUUCACAAGGGAUUUUGGCUCCUCCUAAAGCUCAUGGCUCAAAUACAGCAGAACACGAGGAAACUAAGCGCCCCUGCCUUCCUCCUCCAUGCAACUCUACUAAACCUCAAACUGACGUAACUUCUACUCAACCACAGGUACAGCGUCAAACUAAGUCUGGAGGUCCUGGAGAGACAAAUCCGCUUAUAUUGAGAAGGAGAGUGCGUUCUUUUAUCUCUCCUAUUCCUGCCAAAAGGCUACUGCAGGAUGCAUCUCAGCAGAGGGCUGCCACAAAUUCACACGCUCCUGGGGCGCACUCGGAGUCAAACCAUCACAAAGAAGAUGAACCAUCCUCUUCUAAUAUUCCAUGUCUCUCUUCCCCUUUGCCUGGUGAUAAUACCUUUCCUAAAUCUCUAUCUCCAUCAAGUGGUAAUACAAAGGCCUUGGCUCCAAAGAAAGGGCGUGGUUUGAAACUAGAGGCAAUAGUUCAGAAAAUAUCACCAAGUAUUACAAAACCUGCAGGCAGUGGUGAUGAUGGAACUAAUCAUUACCCAGGCUUUUCUAACGCAACCACCCCAUUGUUUAGUGAUUCACAGGACCAAGACAUAACCCAUUUUCCAAGGGUUGUAGGAGGGGAUGAUUGUUAUAUUGAAGACUCUCACUCAUUAAAUGACAUGAUGCCCUUCAGAGGUGUAGAUGAGACUGGCCCAUUGCCACUGUCUGCAUACCCAUGUGAUACACAAACUCGUAAACAAAAAGACUUUGACUUUGGAUUAGGAGCUGCUGUGGUGUCAGCAUCUGGUGACAAGGAGGACUUUGCUUUGCUCGGACCUUUACCCCCUCCUCCACCUCUUCCCCGUCCAGUUCAGGGUUCCCCACCUCCAUCUUCUUCUGCGCUGUCAGACAUUCAACAUUUCACCAAUACUUACCAGGAGCUUGAGACAAGAAGAGGAGAGCAGUCUGCUGCAAACCUUCUUCAACAAAAACUUCAAGAAUCUGGCAUGGGAUUUGAUGAUUAUCCUGGCAGUGACUACUAUAGAACUACCUCACCCCAUCAUAGCCAAUCUCAAGGACAUGUUUUGAGCAGACAUCAGAUGUCCUCUCCUCGGCCAAAUCUGUCGUUACAAGAUUGUAAGACUUCAGAUAAUAAUGUGCCUAAAGGCUAUUUUCCAUCUGGCAAAAAGAAGGGCAGGCCAGUUGGGAGUGUGAAUAAACAAAAACGUGCCCAAAACCCAAUCCAAACACAGAUACAGUCUCAAGCUCAACCUCAAAACACAAAUCAGAAUUAUUCUCAACUGCCACCAACUCCCAUUACAACUGCUCCUACAAUACCUGACACAGUUCAAACUACAACCAGCACAGAUGACUCCAUCUUAGAAAGCAAAAGCACUCCUCCUCUGACCCCACCCAUUUUAACCCAGGUAGUAAAAGUGGAUGUUGAGAGUGAACCGAUGCAACCAGAGGUUGAAGUCAAACCUGUGAGACGGCGGCGCAAAGGUUUGAAAGAUGAAGAUGGCUCACCAGAAAGAAGAGGACGUCAGCGGAUGAGAAGAGGAGGGGCACCAGCAUCACAAUCAACAGCUAGAGAUAGCCCAGAAACGCUGUUAGGGGCAAAAGGGGCUAACGGCACAAAUAAAGCAUUCCUGGAUCCAAAUCUUAAAUGCCUGUUUGUGCCACACAUUCAUGUAGAGAACAAAAUACCAGAGAUUGGGUCAGUGUGCACGAUUGUAAAUGCUGAAGAUGACAAGUUGAAAGGAGAGCGCAGUGCGAUUGGAGGGAAAACAGGUGGGAGUGGAACUGAUUCUCAACCAACCUCAACUCUUUACUUACAGUUAUCAAAGAGAGAAUCAGAGAUGAGGGAGACGGACCAGGUGGAAACUACACUUCAGUCAGGAAAAGCACUCCCUUCAUCCAACUAUGUUGUUUCUGGACCUGCUAUUACAGAAACGAAACAUUCUGGCCGACAGCUUUGCUGUCUGUGUCAAAAAUGGGCCAAUUACAAACACCUUGGAGAUCUUUAUGGGCCUUACUAUCCUGCCGAAUACGCUGCAAAGCUCCCCAAAAACCAGCCCCAGGUUAGACAAUGUCAUACAACCACAGGCGCAGCCAAAGCUGUACCAAGCUUGCAAAGUGGCUCAAAUGUUUUAGACGCUUUGCAAAACGUACAAAAACAUGUUCCGUUGUCCAGACCCACAGCUAUAAGUAACUGCACCGUAAGCUUGGAUUCAAAUAUAAAAUCUCUUUCCGCUACAGUAAGAGCUCCUUCCUUAGCUUGUAGAGAGGAUUUGAUUGGCGAGUCCAGUACCAUUGCCUCUUCUUACACCGCCAGUAAAACCACAUCUUUAUCCUGGGACAUGAACCUUGAUGUCCGACCUAUUCCAGAGCUAAAGAGAGAGGCAGACUUUGACACUGAGCAGCAGCAGUUGCUAACACAGCAGCAAGAGCAGCCCGCAGAUGAAGCCCAACAACGACCACAACACCGAAAGCUGACGUCACAUCCACGCUUUAAACGGAGGCACAAAUCUAGUGAGGACUCUCCCAGAAUGGUGCCAUCCAACAGUAAGGCUUCCCUGCCCUUCCAGCCUCCGCCGCCAGCUUUGGACACCCUGGGACCAUUGGCACAACUUGCCCAGUUGCCUCAGAUGCCCAUGGACCCAGAGGAGUUGUGGGUUCAUGAAGGAUGCAUCGUGUGGACCAGUGGAGUAUACCUUGUCAAUGGGAGACUGUAUGGUCUGCAGGAGGCACUAGAUGGUGCUAGAGACACAAGCUGUUCAUACUGUGAGAUGGUUGGCUCCACCCUGGGCUGCUACAGUAAAGGCUGUAUACGUCGAUAUCACUAUCUGUGUGCAAUUGAAACAGAUUGUUCUCUCAAUGAAGAUAACCUUUCACUCCGGUGUCCGAAGCACAAGGUUACCCAGAGCGUUCGGCCUACCAAGUCGGUAUACCUGGAGCAGUCCGAGAGAGGGUGAGACACAUUCAGUCAGGCAGCAGUUUGGACAAGAGUCGGCUAAGAAAUUAGACUUGUUGUGAAGAUGACUUGCACAGGCCCAACAACAAAAGGGAAUGUACAAAUUCAACAGGAAUCGGCAUCAUUUACAUUCAAGACGUUGGAGAAAAGAAGCCGCUAUUAUUGCUCUUUUACUACAAAGCAGAAAA